UUAUUUUAUAUCAUUUUCUUUCGUUUCAGCUGGAACGUCGCGAUGUGGUUGCUUCCCAGACGCUGAGGGCGGCCCUGACCAAGGCGGAGAUGUCCAAUCCGGGGCUGACCUAUGACCUGGUCAUGGGUAUCAUAAAAAAGGGCGAUGUCAAUGUCAAUAUGAAUGAAAGCAUCCUGAGGCUGCAGGGAACGGCUACGGACACCGAUUUGAUUGAGUAUCGACUGAACCGUACCGAGGACGCAUUCCAGGAGUUGAACAAAAAGUCCGCAUCCCUGAAGCGCAUUCUCAGCCGAAUCCCGGACGAAAUCACCGAUCGGAAAACAUUCCUGGAAACAAUAAAGGAAAUCGCCAGUGCCAUCAAGAAGCUGCUGGACGCGGUGAACGAGGUGGUCGGUUUCAUUCCCGGAUCUUCCGGGAAGCAGGCGGUGGAGCAGCGCAAGAAGGAGUUUGUCAAGUAUUCGAAGAAAUUCAGCACCACUCUGAAAGAGUAUUUCAAAGAGGGAGAAGCCAAUGCCGUUUUCGUCAGUGCUUUGUACCUGAUACAUCAGACUAAUCAGAUUAUGAUUACGGUGAAAAAUAAAUGCGAAUGAAAUGAAGAGAGUGCUACACCUAGAGAUCCUAGCUUUUCCGAAGGGUAACCAGUCCCAUUGCUGGGACUUAUUCUUCACAAAAGUAAUAUAUAAUGAAGUUGUUUUACUUAAAACAUAGAUCCCGGAGGAAACGUCGAAGUAUCGAACUUCGUUUUUUUUCAGGAGUAUCCCAGAAAGUAGCAGUUGCAUAAAUGUUGAUUUAUCCAUUCUUUAUUAAGUUGAUAGAAACGAUCACUUAGACAAACAAUAAUAUACCGUGGGGGGAUUUAAAAUCAUAGAAGUUUUUUUUAUUAGUGGGAAGAGAGAGCAUGAUGCAAUUGAUGUCGUAUUAUAUAUUAAAACAUUUCCUUAUGAUUAUCGAGAUAGGAAAAAAUAAAA